UCCUGAUUCUUACUUUUAAACGAGCGUCUCAACAUUUUCACUUCAUCCAGAGGCUGAAAUGGAGCUGCUCGUCCUCCUGAUCUUCUUCCAUCUGAUUCUGGACAUUAACUCUCAAAAUCUUCCUCAGCCCCAGCUCUCUGUGUCUCCUGAAGUUAUCACACAGAGAGGAUCAGUGCAGCUUCACUGUCAUGUUCCAGACCAUGUUAAAGUGUAUCAAUGUUCUUUCUACCCAGAGACACAAAACACAAAUCUAAAAAACUCUCCAUCGUGUCAGCUCUCAGUCACUGGUUCUGAACUGAUCAGAUGGACAGGACACAGAUCUCCUAAAGCACUUCGUAUUAUUUGUUUCUACGCUCUGGAUAAAACAGUUCGUACUCCUUCUCCUCACUCUCUCCCAGCUCCAGUCACAGUGCUGUAUCAGAAACCGAUACUAAGUGUCAAUUAUGAUAAUCAUACUGAUGAAUUCAGACUUUCAUGUGAAAUACCAGAGUCAGAGUCAGUAACUGCUGAUGUUAGCUGUAAUCUCUACACUGGAGAAAAUCCUCAGCCUUAUCGAAAAAUCCGAAGGUCUAAAACGAGAAAUUCUGGGAGAUUUUCUUGUAUUUUUGAAGUACAGAGAAAUGAUAUGUUUAAUGUUCUGCAGUCAGUAAAGAGCAGUGAAGUGAGCUGUGAUUAUUCACUGAGCUCUGACUCGACUGCUCGCUCUCUAAUGAGUGAUAAACACAAUCUGAUACCUUUUUCCCCUACACUGACACAGACGUCUACAACUGUAACAUCUACUGCAGGUUUAUUUUCUACACUGACACAGACGUCUACAACUGAAACGUCUACAGGUUUAUUUCCCUCACCGAAACAGACGUCUACAACUGAAACAUCUGCAGGUUCAUUUCCUACAAUAACACAGACGUCUACAACUGAAACCUUCACUACAGCUUCUACAACUGAUCUGAUCACCACAAAGUACAUAACGACUCGUUCAUUUCCUACAAUAACACAGACGUCUACAACUGAAACCUUCACUACAGCUUCUCCAGCUUCUACAACUGAUCUGAUCACCACAAAGUACAUAACGACUCAGACAUCUACUGCAAUUCUUUAUACUCAUCUGAUCAGAGCGAUGACUGGAUCUCCUGAGAACCCGCAGGUUUCAUCCCUCUGGACGAUUGGAGCAGUGUGUUUGCUUGUGUCUGGAGCUUUACUGACUGGAUUCAGUAUCUUCAUCUUUCUCAGGACCGACAGAAGAGGAAGAUUUAAAGACCCUGUUGAGGUUUACACACAUGUGAUCUACACACUCUCCUCUCAGCAGCUCUCAGAAGAAACUCGGCUCCUUUCAGCUUCCUCUGAAUGAUGGACACCGAUCAGGACGCGCUGCUUCUCGUCUGUGCUUCAUUUCAUUUCAAGUCUCUGCUUAAUGAAUUCAUCUCAAUUAGCUUCCACUUGUUCACUGUAUCGAUAGACAAAAGUUCAGAUGAGCUGAUUAUGAUCGUGAUGAUGUUAAAUAUUUGUUAGAUAUAUUUGGAUAGGUUUGUAGACCUCAAUGCUCCAUACAGAAUGAAAUGAUUACACUGAUUCUUUUUUAUCGUUCAUAUCCACAACUAAAAAGUAGGAAUAAACUUUUAGAUUUGAACCUUUUCAUGUGUUUUGCACUGUCUGUAAAAUGAUGAGCAGUAAAUCUAUGAACUAUCAGUCAGAGACACUGGCAGUGACCCAAGUCACCUACAGGAUCUCUGGGUCCAGUGGUGUUGUGAUUGUGGGGCUUCAGGGGAUUUAAACCCCUCAUGUACUGUCACCAUCCUCUGGGCUUUUUAAGACUGGAAACGUUUUACACCACAAAUAAAGUACCAGAUUUACCAGUACAAGAAACCGUCUGUCCGUCAGCGUUCAUUUGACACGUUUUUUCAGUUAUAGGCUGUUUUAAAAGUUACGUGACGAGCUGUUAAACAGAACAGAACAGUGACCUGUUCCGGUCAGCAGGUGGCAAGGUUGUAUGUUCCGGCCAUUGGAUACUCUCCAUUCAUUCAUUCAU